AUGCCUGUCAAAGUUAAAAGUGCAACAGCAAUGGUAAACAAUCUGAAAGGUAUACAAAUCAAGCAGGAACCUGCUGGUCAGGAUGAAGCAACAACGUUAAAUGCAAAGGAGGUAUUGGAAUUUGCCAACUAUCCGGUGAAACAGGAGAAAGGCGAUGAGGCGGGGGGAAAUGUGGAAGAAUUUCUGGCAGCUUCACCGCCCAGACGGACAAGGAGGAGUGCGAGGAAUCUUAAGGAUGCAUCACCACCUAAACGUAAACUAAGCCUGCAGGGUAAAGAUGGCAAUGAAUCAAGCGAUUCCUACAACUCGCCCACCACCCAGAAGCAAAACGGUGACAAACGUUUCACCUGCCCCGAUUGUCCACGGUCAUUUAAUAAACAUUUUCGCCUAGUCGAACAUCAAUUUAUACAUAAUGGAGAGAAACCCUUUACAUGUGAUGAAUGCCAAAAACAAUUUCGUUUCAUGCAUCGUUUGGAGGAACACAAACAACGUCAUUCCAAACAACUGAAAUUCAUUUGUGAAAUUUGUAAUCUGGGAUGUUGUACUCGAGCCGAUUACAAUUUACACAUGCGUCAUCACAGCAACGAUCGUCGUUUCCAGUGUUCCAUGUGCCCCAAAGCCUUUGUCCGUAGUGCCGAUUUAAAAACCCAUAUCCGGGUGCAUACCGGCGAAAAACCCUUUAUCUGUGAAGUGUGCAAUAAAUCAUUUCGAGCCAAUCAAAAUCUUAUAGCUCACAAAAAGCUGCAUAUGGGUGAUGCUUUGAAAAAUUUCAAAUGUGAAUAUUGUGAAAAGCGUUUUCUACGCAACAUCGAUCGUAAAAUACAUAUGCGUAAACAUACGGGCGAGAAGCCGUUUAAGUGUAAAUUUUGUGAUCGUAGCUAUUCGUCAAAUGUUAACGUUAAAGCCCAUAUGGAACGUGAUCAUUCGGAAGGUCCGGUAAUCCGUAAAAAACCUGGUCCAAAACCGAAAGAUUGGAAAGAACAGAUAGCGAGACAACAAAAGUUGAUUGAGGAACUGCAGGCGAAAUUGAAACAACAAGUGAAGCAGGAAGAAAUUAUAGUGCCUGAUUGUCAGGUUAUUGUUGAGGAGGAUGAUCAAGAAGAAAAGAAACCUUGUCUAGCAGAUCUAAAUGUUUCGGUGAAAUUGGAAACAAUUGAUAAUGAAAUUAGUGAGGGAUUUAAAGGUAAUCGUAGAAUAUGUAAUGUUAAGCAGGAAAAGAAUACCACCACAAGCUAG